AUGGCGUCACCGGGGGUGGAAGUGGAGUUACUGGUCAGAGGACAGUCCGAUUCAGGAGACGUGGCCCCUGAAAUAAAAGCCUCUGAGAGACCAGCAGCCGUGGCCAUUGCAGAUCUGGAAUGGAGAGAAAUGGAAGGAGAUGACUGCGAGCUUCAGUAUGGAGAUGGUAUGAAUGAGGCUCAGGACAGUGACUUUCCAACAGUGGAGAGGAGCCGGCUGCAGGAAAUGCUGUCGCUAUUGGGACUGGAGGCACACCAGGCCCAGAAACUGAGCCUGCAGGACGCCCUGCAAAUCAGCAGUGACAGUGUGAGGAACUGGGCGCCUCAGGCUCCCAGAGACCUGCCCUGGGCCUUCCUGAGGAGGCUGCAGGCCCGCAGCGCCGAGGCCCGGAGCACCACGGUGCUGGCCUCGCCCGUGGAUGCCCGGCCCACGGAGAAGGAGGGCCAGAUGGAGGAGGAGGUCAUCUACUGGGACACAGCCGAUGACAUCUCCGCGGACAUCUACUCCUUCUCAGAGCUGCCCACGCCCGACACGCCCGUGAACCCCCUGGACCUGCUCUGUGCCUUGCUGCUCGCCUCCGAUGGAUUCCUGCAGCAGGAGAUCGUGCUGAGGAUGUCUCUCUGCCAGUUUGCACUCCCACUCGUUCUGCCUGACUCGGAGCACCAGUCCCACACCUUCCUGCUAUGGGCCAUGCGGGGCGUCGUGCGGACGUGGUGGGCUCAGCCCCCGAGGGGCGUGGGCAGCCUCAGGGAGGACAGUGUGGUCCUGGCCCGGACACCAGCCUUCGCCUUUGUGCGCAUGGAGGUCAGCAGCAACUCCAAGUCCCAGCUGCUCAACGCCGUGCUCAGCCCGGGCCACAGGCAGCGAGACUGCUUCUGGCACCGAGACCUGAGCCUGGGCACCAGCCCCCGGGAGAUCUCGGACGGGCUGGUGGAGGUCUCCUGGCUCCUACCCAGCGGCAGGGAGGACCUGGACCUUUGCCCGGAACCCGUGGCCUUUCUGAACCUCAGAGGUGACAUUGGGUCUCACUGGCUGCAGUUUAAGCUCUUGACAGAGGUCUCCUCGGCUGUGUUCAUCCUGACCGACAACAUCAGCAAGAAAGAGUACAAGCUGCUGUCCUCCAUGAAAGGGUCAGCCACCAAGUACUACUUCAUCCUGAGCCCCUACCGUGGGAAGCGCAACUCCAACCUGCGGUUCCUGAACCGGCUGACCCCCGUGCUGAGGAUGGAUCACUCCCACGUGCUGGUCAAGGUCAGCAGCACGGACGGCGCCCGCUUCACGCGCAGGGUCCGCGCCAUCGUGGCGAGCGUGGCCCGGUCCCCCUGCAGGAGGGCGUCUGUGGAGGACAUGGCCCAGGCCGCCCGCAGGCUGGGGCUGAAGGUGGACGAGGACUGCGAGGAGUGCCAGCGGGCGAAGGAGCGGAUGGAGCACAUCACCAGGAGCAUCAGGGACCCCGACGCCUACCGCAGGGAAGAGCUGAGGCUGCAGGGGGAGCCGUGGAGGAAGGCGGCCUGCGUGGAGAGGGAGCUGUGCCAGGCGCAGUGGGCCGGGGACCCCACGGACAAGCGCCUAGUCGAGCUCAGGCAGCGGCUGCUGGAACUCCGCACGCAGCAGAGCGGUCACGCCCCUGCGGGGGCCGUGCAGGAGUUCAUCGCAGGCAUCAGCUGCCCCUCUCUGGGCGAGAGGCAGUAUUUCCUGAGGUGGAUGGAGUGGGGCCUGGCCUGGGCGGCCCACCCAAGGCCAAGGCAGCUCCCAGAGACUGCUCCGGCCCUGAGACCAAAGCAGGGUGGGGCUGGGGACCGAGAGCCGCUCUGGCUGGAGCCCCUGGGGGUGGAGCACUUCCUGCGGGAGAUGGGACAGUUUUACGAGGCAGAGAGCUGCCUGGUGGAUGCGGGGAAGCUGCCCACAGGGCAGAGGCGAUUCACCCACUUCCCGGGCUUAGCCGUGGAGCUGCUGGUGCGGGGGCUGCCCCUGGAGCUGGUGGACGGGAGCACGCGGAGCACCCCCCUGCGCUGGGUCACGGGGCUCCUGAAGGAGCUGCACACGCGCCUGGAGAGAAGGUCACGGCUGGUGGUGCUGUCAGCGCUGGGCGUGCCGGGCACUGGGAAGUCCACUCUUCUCAACACCAUGUUCGGGCUUCGGUUUGCCACAGGGAGGGGCCGGGGUCCUCGAGGGGCCUUCAUGCAGCUUGUCACAGUGGCCGAGAGCUUCAGCCAGGACCUGGGCUGUGACCACAUCCUGGUCAUAGAUUCGGGGGGGUUGAUAGCGGGCACCCCGACCACUGCGGGGGAGCGCUUUGAGCUAGAGGCCUCCCUGGCCACUUUGAUCGUGGGGCUGAGCGACAUCACCGUGGUCAGUUUAGCGGAAACGAGGGACAUCCCACCGGCCAUCCUGCAUGCCUUCCUGAGGCUGGAGAAAAUGGGGCACAUGCCCAACUAUCAGUUUGUGUACCAGAACCUUCACGACAUGUCUGGCCCUGGCCCGAAGCCACGUGAGAGGAGGCCGCUGCUGGAGUCCCCCUCAGACUCGAGCAGGGCCUGCAUUCACAUGGACAAGCAGGGAGGCGGCCUCCGGACGCUGGCAGACCUGGCCUUCUGUGACCCCGAGAAGCAGCACGUCUGGCAUGUGCCCGGCCUGUGGCACGGGGCGCCUCCCAUGGCCGCCGUGAGCUUGGGGUACAGUGAGGCCGUGUUUGAGCUGAAGAGAUGCCUGCUGGAGAACAUCAGGAACGGCCUGUCAGAGCCCCACAGGAAUAUCCAGCAGCUCAUUGAGCUGGUGGGACUGCUGUGA